CGCAGUCCCGCACUUCCAACCUCGCUCAGUUGCUCCCUGACUGCUCUGGGGAGUGUACGUCAUUGUUCGUCCGGGUCACCUCGCAGUGUGCCAUUGUUUACACAUAUCGAGGGAAUGAAAACAAAAGACAUACAAGUACCAAGUGUUGCUUAAUUGAAGGCCACCCCUGACACUAAGCCCGGCGCUAUCUAGUGCUUCUGUUGGCACUCCCUUGGCACUGUAUUGGCACUGCUGGUCAUAGGGGUGACGAGUUUAGGUAUUGAUAGUGCUGUAUGAACCUUAAGGGCGCGGCCGACUCCUGCCAGUAUUAUAGGGUGGAAUUUACCAGUCCAAGAGAGAGAGACUUUCCCUCACUUUAAUCCCACUUUCCCCUCUCUCACUCCCUCCCUCUCCCUCUCACUCUCCCUCCCUCCUCCCUCUCACUCUCUCUAGGUCUUCCCUAAUCAUGAAAUAUUUAUGCUGAGUCAUGGCUGCCACGACCCCUCUUGUAGCGAUGGGUCACCUGGGGCUGGCGUGCGGCGGGGACGGCGUGGGACACAUGUUGGCGGAGCACCCCCUGUACCUGGAGUGCUUCUCGCGCCUGCAGUAUGAGCUCCUCUCAGGCGACGGGCCGCUCCCCCUCCACCUGCGUCGCUACAUUGCCAUCAUGGCAGCAUGCAGACACGAGUGCACAUACCUGGUGGAGGAGCAGAAAGCAGCAUUCCUGGGUGGGGGGCCCGAGGAGUGGCUGGAGGGCUUAGAGUACGCCCCUAAGAAAUUAAGAGACCUGCACUCCACUAAUUUGCUCCUUGCCCACCGCCCUUGGAUGUUUGACCACCAGCAUGUGCAGAAACUCCUGAAGAGCAGCUGGUCGGCGAGUGAGCUGACCCACGCUAUCUGCAUCAUGGCUCAGUUCCACGCCCUGUCCUCCUUCAUCAUCGGCACGGGCAUUGAGGCGGCGUCCGGCGAUGCCACCACCCACCCCUCACUAUAUGUACAGGGGUGCACGUCGGGGUCGCCCAGCAGCCAGGAGCUGAGUGAAGGGGGAGUGGACAUUCUGGUGGAGAGGAUGAGGACUCUGUCUGUGGCUCACUCUGACUUUUCCUGCGUGUCAGAGGAGCGCACCAGGAUGAGUUUUGAGAAGCUAAAGAAACAGACAGCCAACAUUUCCACUCCCGACGUGGAGUGUGUGCCAGACAGCCAGGGGCGGUACGAACAUCUCUCGCCCGACAGGGACUACAUGUACACAGACUUCAGCAAGAGGGGGGAGAAGACUGCUGUGCCCACGCUGAAGUCGCAGGACUGUUCAUGGGAGGACCACGGCUUCUCCCUGCUCAGUGAAUUGUACAGCCAAGUAGCAGACCUCUUAGACGACAAGUUCAAAACAGCGUACAGCCUCACCUACUUCACCUGUGGCCACGAGACUCACAUAGACACCUUCCCCUUCAGGCGUGGUGUUUGGAACUACCUCCAUUGCCUCUAUGGGAUCAGGCACGACGACUACGACUACAGCCAGAUCAACCAGCUGCUGGAGAGGAACCUGAAGCUGUUCCUGAAGACUGUGGCCUGCUACCCGGAGAAGCUGAGCUGUACUGAGCCCAACCUCUCCCUCAUGAAGGGCUUCCAGCAGAGCGAAAAGGUGCAUGUUAUGAUCUUGGUUCUGGAGGCUCGUCUGCAGGCUGAGCUCCUCCAUGCCCUCAGAUCUUUAGGCCACUGCUUCAUGUAGGCGCUGUAGGAGCCGUCACGCAGCCCCACCACAGCUCUGUGCAGCCUGAUCAAGUUACCAUUAGUGUUGCUACAGCUCCUCUUGGCCUGGUGAAGCUCCACACACCGACACAGCUACACACAGUUGGUGGAGGUUUUAUCAUGUUACUGGAAGCCUAUGCAGUCUGUUUUAAGCCACACAGAUUCUUAUUACAGCCCAGUAUAGCCUGUUUAAAGCUCUCAUAUAUUAUUACAACUCUAUGCAGCCUGUUUAAGCCCUUACAAUCUUAUUACAGCUCAGUACAGCCUGUUUACUAUUAUUACAUGCCCCUACAUUCUCUAAUAACCCCUAUGUAAUCUUCUGUAGCCCUUUACACUCUUAAUACAGCCCAUUACAGUGUGUUUAAGGUUACCACUAUUACUACAUGCCCUUUGCAGUUUGUUCAAGCCCCUACAUUCUCUCUUAAGCCCAAUAAUCUGCCAUACCCCUAUGCAUUCUUGUUACAUCUUAGUACAGUCUGUUCAAACCCUCCUACAUUCUUACCACGCCCCUGUACAAAGUGAUGAAGCCUUCCGUAUCAUCACACCCCUAUGCAGUUUGUUCUGUAGCUCCCAAACUAUCCUUGAAAAUAAGAGGUGUACAUUCUGACACAAUGGACGAUAUUAUUUGAUGCAUUUGGUGAUCGUGGUGGCAACAGUUGGCAGCCCUGCACACUAGGGAGACAGAUCAACAUAUCAGCAUAACGUCAAGCCACGCAUACCAACCUUACCAAUGCUACACAUGAUCAGGUAGCAGGUUUUAUAUUGUUCGUCAUGCCACAGUUCACACCACACUUUAAAGACAGUUUUGGGAGGUGCUGUACAAUCCCCAUGCACUGUUUGACCCUCACUUGUUCUGCUAUACACCACACAAACAUCGAUGAAGCUCAGAGGCACAAUUAUCUGCCGUAAACCUAAGUCACUCAUGAGAUUGCCAUAUAUAUAGUAGAUAACUAAGUAUUAUGGAAAAGAUAUGGUUAGUUUGAAGUGUAAGGAUGAAUGUUUCUGUGUAUUCUAUUAUUUUCAUUUAUUUAUUAACUUUAUUGACUUCAUAGCAAAGAAAAGAGUAAUGUUUUGGGAUAGCUAAGACAAGUGUGAAUUUUAAAAGUGUAUGAAAAAAAGGGGAAUUUGUGAAGAUACUACUGUUUUCUUGGCACUGCUGUUGUGUGAGGGGUGAAGGAUUGGCAGGGACAUGAAAAGUGUAGACAAUAGACAGACAGAUGUGUGGUGGGAUUUGUAGCUUGGCAGGUGUGUCUGGGUGCAAAUCUGUAGCCAAGCAGAUGUGUGAUGCUGCAAAUGACAGAUAAGUAGGUGUGUGAUGUGAUUUGCAGCUUAUGAGAUGUGUCAAGAUGCAAAUUAUGAUCAAAUAAGUGUGUGCAGAUGCAUUUAUGAUUGGGCAGGUGUGUGAAAGUGCAAAUUUGUCACUAGAUAUGUAUAGUACAACAAAUGAUGGAUAAACAGGUGUCUGAUGUGAUUACAGUUCAACAGAUGUGCCAAGAUCCAAUUUAUGAUUAUACAGGUGUGUGUUUAGAUGCAUUUGUGGUCAUGCAGGUGUGUGAAGGUGAUUUACCAUGCAGUUUGGUAGGUAUAUAUGCAUGCAUGUACGAGUAUGUACUUGUGUAUGUGUAGGUGCAGAAAACACACUUAACUCCACACUGGUGCUGCUGAGUGGAAGAAAGAUGGAAGAAAAUGGAAGAAAGGGUCUUAAGGAGCUGUAGUCUUUUGUACAUAACUCAGUCUUGUUUAGUUUUUACUCUACCCAUUUGUUUGUUUACGUUUUGUCUCAAGAUGGCAGAAGGGGAGGAGGCGAGAUGUGUAGACAGUGUUUGGUGUGAUGUGGAAGAACAGGAUAAAGGAUUGUAGUAUGGAGGGUUAAAGAUCAGGAUACUGCAAGGAUAUAGAGUGUUGGAUCAGGCAUGGGUACCGAAAUAAGGUGUUGGAGUGAAGGAUAGAAGGUUGAAACAUUGCAAGGAAGGAGUGUUAAGUAGAAGGAACUGCAGGAGGGUUAAAGAUUAGGAUACUGCAAGGAUAUAGAGUGUUGGAUCAAGCAUGGGUAAUGAAAUAAAGUGUUGGGGUGCUUGAAAAGAGUAAAAUAAACGAUAGAAUGCAGGAAUAUUACAAGGAAGGAGUGCUAAGGAGAAAGAAAUACAGGAUAGAGGGUUGGAAUGCUUAAGAGAAGGGCAUGAAGGACUUAAGUUAGGAUAUAAAGUGUUGGAUCAAAUAUAUGAGUUAGGAUACUCGUAUUGGAAGAAUAAAGCAUUGGAGUGUUUUAAAGAGUAUUAUGAAGAAUAGGAGGCUGGAUGUUGCAAGGAAAGAGUAUCAGAUUGCUUAGAAGAGAAGUAUAUGGCAUCUAAGACUACAUAUUGCAAGGGUUAUAGAGUGUUGGAUUGGUAUAGGAGUUAGGACAUUGGAAGGAUAAAGUAUUGGAGUGCUUUAAAGAGUAUUAUGAAGAAUAGAAGGCUGGAUGUUGCAGGGAAAGAGUAUGAAAGAGUGUUAGAUUGUUUAUAAGUGAUAUGUGCUGAGGAUACACCAGAACACACUCAGAACUUACAAAUGAAGUGUUUGUAAGAGAAUGACUGGUGAAAGAAAGGAUUGAUUAUGAUAAGGAGAGGAAGGAUACAGUAAUUAAUGGUUAGAUGUCUAUUUUUAAACCCUAUAACUGGACUUCAAAAUAGCAACACACCAGAACACACUCACUUUUAAAUAUGAUGGUGAUAGAAAGAGUAGAAAGGAUUGAUAGUGAUGAAGAGAGGGACAAAACAGGGAUAAAUAGUAAGAUGUCUACUUUGAAACCCUCUUGUUGGGAUUUCAAAGUAACAAAACACCAGAACAUGUAAAUAUAAUGCUUGUAAGUGUGUCUGGUGGUAGAAAGAACUGAUAGCGAUAAAGAGAGACAAAACAGGGAUUAAUGGCAAGACCUCUACUGGGAUUUCAAAGUAACAACACACCAAAACACACUCAUAACUUGUAAAUAAGAUGCUUUUAACUUAAGAUUCACCUGUGUUAUCUGUGGCUUGAGAUAAUUACAGGCCAGAACAGGUAAAUUAUUUUUGUGCUUGUGAGGGAGUUGGUGGCUGUGUCUUUUACUGGGCCAUCGUCUCGUAGUGCUUGUGACAGCUUGUGAGAGUCAAAAUUAUAUGUAGCUAGUAAGGAAAUGUUUUUUAUAUUGCUAGUGAUAGAGAUGAGAUUCUAUAGCUGGCUGUCUGUUUGUGUGUGUGUGUGUGUGUGUGUGUGUGUGUGUGUGUGUGUGUGUGUGUGUGUGUGUGUGUAUACUUUUGAAGCAACAGAAGUAUAAGUUUAUAUUUUGCCCUCUUGUAAAAUUGUGCAGCUUGUUUGUAUGAGUGUGUGUGUGUGUGUGUGUGUGUGUGUGUGUGUGUGUGUGUGUGUGUGUGUGUGUGUGUGCGUGAACAGUACGAUAAUUUAAAGAGAGAGGUAUGAUGUUUUCUUAUCUCCCACACAAUUUAUGAAUAGAGUGUAUAAUAAUUUAAAAUAUUUCUUGUUUAUCAGAUUGUACAGUGUAUGAGAAAAUAUGUACAAUAAUUUACAGAACCACUUUGAUAAAUGUGUGCAUAUGAUGUACAAUGAGAGGCAUAUGAUUGUUUAUGUGUGAGAACAUGUACAAUGAUUAACAGAAAGGUAUGACUUCCUUACCCAUUCAAUAAAUAUGUGCAUAUAAUGUACAGUAAUCACAGGAGAGGUAUGAUAGUUAACACGAUAUAUAAUGUACAAUAAUUUCAAGCGAGGUAUGACAUUCUCGUCGUCCCACGUGGAAACUGUACAGCUUUUGUAUACGUGUAUGCAUGUAUGUACGUAUGUAUGUAUGUAUGUGAUAUGUACAAUAAUUUCAAGUGAGGUACAACAUUUAAAUCAUCCCUUGUGGAAACUUUAUGCGUGUACGUACGUGUGUGUGUAGACUGCCAGCGAUGUGCAUUGACGCGUACUGUGUAUGCAGCGAGUGGCGAUGGUGAUGAUAGUACCCAUAUAUAUAUUUUUCAUACUUUGCCACAUUCAUUGUAGUGCAGGAUGGGUGUUGGUCAUGUGUCACUGUGCUGAGGGGCGGCUGGAGGCAGGCGGGGUGAGGCAGGGCUGAGGGAGGGAUGGGUGGAGUGUGUGUGUGUGUGUGUGUGUGUGUGUGUGUGUGUGUGUGUGUGUGUCGUCAUAUUUAUCGUAUAUCACCAUUAAGAAAUAACAUUAACCAUUAACCAAUAUAAUGUUAAUGACUUCUUGUGUAUCCAUAAAAGUAAACAAACUGACCAAGAUAAUAACAUAAAUAAUGAUGAUAAUAAUGAUAAGUUCAUUUAUAUCACAUUAAGAUUAGACCAUUAACCAAAACAACAACAACAAUAAAAAUAAUAACAACAUCAAUAAUAAUAACUCUUCAUAUCAUAACAUCCUCAUGAUAACAAUAACAACUAAUAACACCAUAUAAAACAACAAUAACAACAAUAACAAUAACAACCGCUUACCUGUCAUUAAUGAGGAAACACACACCAUUUUGCCCACCCCUUCCCCCCACAACAAGCCAUGCCUCCCUCCAGCUGAAUCUCGUAAAGGCAGUGUGUGUGUGUGUGUGUGUGUGUGUGUGUGUGUGUGUGUGUGUGUGUGUUACCAGUGUUACUAUACUUGUUACAAUGACUAGCUAUAUUUAAUUGGUCAUUUUGGAGUGUUGUCGUUUGUACAGAUAAUGCUAAUGUACCUGCUGUGUGUGUGUGUGUGUGUGUGUGUGUGUGUGUGUGUGUGUGUGGUGUGUGUGUGUGUGUGUGUGUGUGUGUGUUGUCAUUGUUUAUGUUGGAAAAGCUUUUGUAUAUUUUAUAAGGUUAUUAAUUGAUUAUGUGUACUUUCUAUCAUGUUUGGCUCAGUGUGUGUGUGUGUGUGUGUGUGUGUGUGUGUGUGUGUGUGUGUGUGUGUGUGUGUGUGUGUGUGUGUGUGUGUGUGUUGUCAUUGUUUAUGUUGGAAAAGCUUUUGUAUAUUUUAUAAGGUUAUUAAUUGAUUAUGUGUACUUUCUAUCAUGUUUGGCUCAGUGUGUGUGUGUGUGUGUGUGUGUGUGUGUGUGUGUGUGUGUGUGUGUGUGUGUGUGUGUGUGUGUGUGUGUGUGUGUGUGCAUAUAAUAAUCCAUCCUUAUUCUCUCUUACACACACACACACACACACACACACACACACACACACACACACACACACACACACACACACACACACACACACACACACACACACACACACACACAGGUAUGCCAGCCUUCUCUCUUGUUGCCUGUGUUAAUUGAAGGAUUACCUGGAUAAUUAACCUGCAUAUACUACCUACAUAAUUAUAUUACACAGAUUACAUGUAGAUUAUUAUUAUUAUUAUUAUUAUUAUUAUUAUUUUUAUUUUUAUUAUUAUUAUUAUUAUUAUUAUUAUUAUUUUUAUUAUUAUUAUUAUUAUUAUUAUUAUUAUUAUUAUUAUUAUUAUUAUUAUUAUUAUUAUUAUUAUCAUAAGCAAGAUUAAUUUCCUUGAUUUUUUUCUAUAAAUUUAAUCCUUGUUAUUAUUUUUUGUGUUUAUCAAAUACAAUAAUAAGUAAAGAUUAAAUUCAUAGAAACACAUUGCUAAAAAGUUUCUUUAUAUUGUUUUUUAUUUAUUUAUUUUUUAUUUUGGGGGGUUAUGUAAUUGUAAAAGAAUUAAGUUAGAUUGCUUAUUUUAUUUAUUUAUUUUUUAUCAGUUUAUUUAUUUUUGUUUUUUAUUUUUUCAUUUUAUAUUUUCUACUUAUUAUUUUGUUUCAGUUUAUAUUUAUUAGAUUUCGUACAUUUGCUCAAACUGAUUCUUUGAGUCGUAAAUACUUCCUCGCUCUCACUCACUCACUCACUCACUCACUCACUCACUCAUAUCUAAUUCAUCAUCUUAUAUGCUAUGUUAAGUAUUAAUCUCUCUCUCUCUCUCUCUCUCUCUCUCUCUCUCUCUCUCUCUCUCUCUCUCUCUCUCUCUCUCUCUCUCUCUCUCUCUCUCUCUCUCUCUCUCUCUCUCUCUCUCUCUCUCUCUCUCUCUCAUACUACAAAGAAAAGUGAGAUUUGUAUAUAUGUGUGUGUGUGUGCGUGUGUGUGUGUGUGUGUGUGUGUGUGUGUGUGUGUGUGUGUGCGUGCAAACUUUCAUAAAUUACUUAGUUGUGAAUGAUUUUUUUUUUUUUAUCUAACUCAAAAAAAUUUAAUUAUAUUUUCUUCCAUUAUUCAUUCUCAUCAUUCAUCUUAAUUUUGAUCGGCUUAAUACAUCAUUAAUAUUUUGCCGUGAUACAUGUUUUGUUUUUGUUUUUGUAUAAUUUUGUUUGUUCCAAGAGGCAUUCUCUCUCUCUCUCUCGUCUCUCUCUCUCUCUCUCUCUCUCUCUCUCUCUCUCUCUCUCUCUCUCUCUCUCUCUCUCUCUCUCUCUCUGGACAGUGUAGUUUUUGUAAAUAUGUGUGUAUGUGUGUGUGUGUGAGUGAGUGAGUGACUGUUUGAAUGACUGACUGGCUCUGAGUUGCCUGAAUUCUAUUAUUAUUAUUAUUAUUAUUAAGUCAGUUUUACAUUUAAGUCACUUCCGUCGUUUGCUCAUAGUAUUAAAAGAAAGGAAGGAAGGAUGAAAUUAUGUACAGUUUUAAGUAUAUGAAAAUUAAUAAUAAAAAAUCCAUCAUGAUAUUCUUGUA